GGGGCUGGUUGCCCUUCCCCAGCCCGUGGUUGCAGAGCCAGACUGCCUGGCCGCCCGCCCAGCUAUGUGAGCUGGGGAGCGUUACUUAACCUUUCUGUGCCGUCCGACAAUGACAGUCACGGCACCUGUCUCCUGGUUUGUGGUAGAGGAUGAAAUGAGAUCAUCAAUGUCAGGUGCUUAGCACAACGUCUGACACAGGCAAGGCCUCGGUAACAUUGGGUGUUAUCGUAAUUGGGGUGUUGAGCUGGCUGCUGAGAGCUGUCCUCUCAUCCUCUCUGGUUUAAGCCCAACAGGACAGAACAAGCCUCCUUCCUGGUGAUGCCCACCCUAGCCCCAAGCGUCCCUCUGAUUGGACGGUCCUACAUCAUGUGUUCACUCCACACCAAUCACUGGCCAAGGACGUGAGUCACAGACAGUGGGCUCAGGCCAGGCCCACAGACCCCACCCUGGGGCUGGGGGCAGACCGACAGAGAACCCGAAGCCCUGGAGGACAUCAAGGAAAGGGAGCCUGGCUCCUGAGAGGCCAAUAGCCAACACCUAUGAUCCGUGAGUCGAGAGGGAAGAGGGAAAAGAGACAAAUCCACAAAACGCAACCUCAGGCUCCUGCAUCCUGAAGGAAGCCACGGCUCAGCAAAAGCAGGAAAAUGGCGCCCCCCGGCCUCCUGCUGUGCCUGCUCUCCGCGGCCGUCUUCUCUCUGCUGGGUGCAAGCUCCGCGUUCCUGUCACACCACCGCCUGAAAGGCAGGUUUCAGAGGGACCGCAGAAACAUCCGCCCCAACAUCAUCCUGGUGCUCACAGACGACCAGGACGUGGAGCUGGGUUCCAUGCAGGCGAUGAACAAGACGCGGCGCAUCAUGGAGCAGGGCGGCGCGCACUUCGUCAACGCCUUCGUGACCACGCCCAUGUGCUGCCCCUCGCGCUCCUCCCUCCUCACCGGCAAGUACGUGCACAACCACAACACCUACACCAACAACGAGAACUGCUCCUCGCCCUCCUGGCAGGCGCAGCACGAGCGCCGCACCUUCGCCGUGUACCUCAACAGCACGGGCUACCGGACAGCUUUCUUCGGGAAGUACCUGAACGAGUACAAUGGCUCCUACGUGCCGCCCGGCUGGAAGGAGUGGGUCGGCCUCCUUAAGAACUCCCGCUUUUAUAACUACACGCUCUGUCGGAACGGGGUGAAGGAGAAGCAUGGCUUCGACUACUCCAAGGAUUACCUGACCGACCUUAUCACCAACGACAGCGUGAGCUUCUUCCGCACGUCCAAGAAGAUGUACCCGCACAGGCCCGUCCUGAUGGUCAUCAGCCACGCGGCCCCCCAUGGCCCUGAGGACUCGGCCCCCCAGUACUCCCGCCUCUUCCCCAACGCCUCCCAGCACAUCACGCCGAGCUACAACUACGCACCCAACCCCGACAAGCACUGGAUCAUGCGCUACACGGGGCCCAUGAAGCCCAUCCACAUGGAGUUCACCAACAUGCUCCAGCGCAAGCGCCUGCAGACCCUCCUGUCCGUGGACGACUCCAUGGAGACGAUCUACAACAUGCUGGUUGAGACGGGCGAGCUGGACAACACCUACAUCGUGUACACCGCCGACCACGGCUACCACAUCGGCCAGUUCGGCCUGGUCAAGGGCAAGUCCAUGCCGUACGAGUUCGACAUCAGGGUCCCGUUCUACGUGAGGGGCCCCAACGUGGAGGCCGGCUCGCUGAAUCCCCACAUCGUCCUCAACAUCGACCUGGCCCCCACCAUCCUGGACAUCGCAGGGCUGGACAUCCCCGCGGAUAUGGACGGGAAAUCCAUCCUGAAGCUGCUAGACACGGAGCGGCCCGUGAAUCGGUUUCACUUGAAAAAGAAGAUGAGGGUCUGGCGGGACUCCUUCCUGGUGGAGAGAGGCAAACUGCUCCACAAGAGGGACGGUGACAAGGUGGACGCCCAGGAGGAGAACUUCCUGCCCAAGUACCAGCGCGUGAAAGACCUGUGUCAGCGCGCCGAAUACCAGACGGCCUGUGAGCAGCUGGGACAGAAGUGGCAGUGUGUGGAGGAUGCCGCGGGGAAGCUGAAACUGCACAAGUGCAAGGGCCCCGCGCGGCCCGCGGGCAGAGCCCUGUCCAACCUCGUGCCCAGGGACCAGGGGCCGGGUGGCGAGGCCUGCUCCUGCCACCGCGGGGACUACAAGCUGGGCCUGGCCGGACGCCGGGAAAAGUUCUUCAAGAAGAAGUACAAGGCCACCUAUGCCCGAAACCGCUCCAUCCGCUCAGUGGCCAUCGAGGUGGAUGGCGAGGUGCACCACAUAGGCCUGGAUGACUCGUCCCAGCCCCACAACCUUACCAAGCGGCACUGGCCAGGGGCCCCCGAGGACCAAGAGGACAAGGACGGCGGGGACUUCAGUGGCACUGGAGGCCUUCCGGGCUACUCAGCCCCCAACCCCAUUAAAGUCACACAUCGGUGCUACAUCCUAGAGAACGACACAGUCCAGUGUGACCUGGACCUGUACAAGUCCCUGCAGGCCUGGAAGGACCACAAACUGCACAUCGACCACGAGAUCGAAACCCUGCAGAACAAAAUUAAGAACCUGAGGGAAGUCCGAGGUCACCUGAAGAAAAAGCGGCCAGAAGAAUGUGACUGUCACAAAAUCAGUUACCACACCCAGCACAAAGGCCACCUCAAGCACAGAGCCUCCCGUCUGCACCCUUUCAGGAAGGGUCUGCAGGAGAAGGACAAGGUGUGGCUGCUGCGGGAGCAGAAGCGCAAGAAGAAACUCCGCAAGCUGCUCAAGCGACUGCAGAACAACGACACGUGCAGCAUGCCGGGCCUCACGUGCUUCACCCACGACAACCAGCACUGGCAGACGGCGCCGCUCUGGACCCUGGGGCCCUUCUGUGCCUGCACCAGUGCCAACAACAACACGUACUGGUGCAUGAGGACAAUCAAUGAGACCCACAAUUUCCUCUUCUGUGAAUUUGCAACCGGCUUUCUGGAGUAUUUUGAUCUCAACACAGACCCCUACCAGCUGAUGAAUGCCGUUAACACACUGGACAGGGAUGUCCUUAAUCAGCUCCACGUGCAGCUCAUGGAGCUGAGGAGCUGCAAGGGUUACAAGCAGUGUAACCCACGGACUCGAAACAUGGACCUGGGACUUAAAGAUGGAGGAAGCUAUGAACAAUACAGGCAGUAUCAGCGUCGCAAGUGGCCAGAAAUGAAGAGACCUUCUUCCAAAUCACUGGGACAACUGUGGGAAGGCUGGGAAGGUUAAGAAGCACGAGAUGGACCUCCAAAAACAGAGGCAUCAUCUGACUGUACAGACGACGAAAAACCACGUAUGAUUUCCAGCAGACCUGUGCUGUUGGCCAGGAGGCCUGAGAGAGACAGAACCGGCCUUCAGUCAACAUGGCAAAUUCCAGAAGAGACCCGUCAGGAGUAGUGACACUUCAGGAAGUCCACUUUUGCCCCUGCUUUUGCUUUGGAUUAUACCUCACCAGCUGCACAAAAUGCAUUUUCAUAUCAGAAAGUCACCACUAACCCUCUCUGAGAGGCUCACAAGGGAAAAAGAACAGAGAGAGAGAUUUUUCUUGGAAAUUUCCCCCAAGGGUGAAAGUCACUGGAAUUUUUUUUAAAUCAUAGGAGGGAACAACUGUUUUAAAUCCUCUUCUUCUUUUGGUUCGUCACAAAGAAGGAACUAAGCAGCAGGACAGAGGCGACCUGUAGAUGCUGGAAAUGGUGCUCCGAGUUCAACAACAAGUCAGUAGCACAACAGUGGUGACAUUUCUCCAGCACUGUAACCCUGGCUGCCUCUGAACAAACUGACUUCACUGUACAUACGUGACUCUUUCCAUGUAACCACCGUACGAACUUUUAGGGGAAUCUGACUAAUAAGAAAACCCAGUUUUCAGGAGUGGUGGUGUCAAUAAACGCUCUGUGGCCAGAGUGAAGGAAAACCCCUUGCAGUUGUGGACAUUUCUGUUCCUGACCAGAUAUCCUUUCUCCCAGUAUUCCUUUGUUAUUUGUCCCAGAACUGUUUUUUAAAGUACUGAAAAGAAAUGAAGUUGAUGUACGUCCCAAGUUUUAAUGAAACUGUAUUUGUAAAGAAAUUUUGUAGUCUAAGUAUUGUCAUACAGUGUCCAAAACCCCAGCCAAUGACCAGCAGUUGGUAUGAGGUAACCUUUGACAUUUUUUAAAAGGCCAUUCUUGGGAGUUUUUUGGUGUGUUUGGUUUUCUUAAAAAAAGCAUUCAAGAUAUUAGCAGUCAACACGUUUUUGGAAGGAGACGCCUUGGGUUUAGAGGGAUUUUUAAAGGGGAAAAGAUAGUUAUAAAUCAGUGACUAAGAUGUACCAUACGUCAGGGACCUCACAGGUAAGUUUCACAUUACACCGGCUUUAGAAUCUCACUUUUACAAAAUCAUAAUCAACUGCAAAGCAGUUCACCUUAACCAAUCCUUCUUUGUGUGCCAGGUAGUCUAACCUGGUAAAGGUAGGUGUCAGAAUGCUAGAAUGGAAGAAGUAGGAGGAACCUCAGCUAUCACCUAGCCCAACCCAUUUCCCAUUUAACAGAUGAUGGAGACAAUCUCUAAGCACUCACCUUUUAUAACAACAGCUCCAUGCUUUUCAAGAUUUCUUUUAACCUCACAGAAACUGCUAUCAUUAUUUGAAAUAGGAUUGCAUACCUUCUUUUUAACCCUUAAUCCAAUAGAGAUUUAAAAAAAAAAGCAAGCUCUUGGGCUUCAAUUUUAAAUAGAAACCUUUAUUUACAAUGACAUCCAAAAUGAUCAGCAAAGCAGUCACAGCUUACCACCCAACCAUCUCGCAAGUUAUCCCAUGUGUUUUGGAUUCUAUGCGGUGUAAAGAAUGAUUUGUAUUUUUUAAAAGCAACAUUUAAUGUAAACUUGAUUGAAACUGAAUUCAUUCUCAAUACUGUAAGUCAAUUCCUGAGAAUUUAAAUAUUGCUCUCAGAAUGACAUUUCCGUCUUCUUCAAAAUUCUACAUAUUGGAGAGAGAGAGAGAAGGAAAGAAGAGAAGACGCUGCUCAUUAUUGAACAGUUUGCUUUGGAGCUGAACAACAGCUCGUGCUCCUCUGCAGCAGGGGAAACUGCAUCUAUCCUAGAGGUUUUAUUCCUAUCACUUUCCCACUUGUGAACAAAACUCAUGGCUUCUGCAAAUAAAAAGGGAACUGGACAGGCAUGUGGGUAACUGGCAAUCCAUUCUGUUUGCUUUCCAUCUGCAUUUGUCUCUGGAUCAAAGAACUUCUAGGACAGCAAGCCAAUUAUGUUCUGUAGCAACCCACCCCUGUACACCCCCAACU